CUGUGGGACGCGGCAACCCGGAAGCAGGCUGCGGCUCAAGAUGGCGGAGACUCACUGCCUGCAGGACCUGAGACAGAACACAGCGUUAGCAUCCAAAGUCUUCAUUCAAAGGGAUUACUCGAGUGGGACAGUGUGUCAGUUUCAAACUAAAUUCCCUUGUGAACUGGAAACCAGGGUUGACAGACAACAAUUUGAAGAAACCAUCCGAGUGCUAAACAACCUGUACGCAGAGGCUGAGAAGGUGGGGGGACAGUCGUACUUGGAGGGCUGCUUGGCAUGUAUGACUGCAUACACCAUCUUCUUGUGCAUGGAGACUCAUUAUGAGAAGGUGUUGAAAAAGAUUGCUAAAUACAUCCAGGAACAGAAUGAGAAGAUAUAUGCACCACGAGGUCUUGUCAUAGUCGAUCCAAUUGAAAGAGGGUUGAGAGUUAUCGAGAUCUCCAUUUAUGAAGAUAGAAGUUUCAGCAGUGGAAGAUGAACUGUGGAUUGAGCAAGUGGGACCAAGGCAGCGAAGGAUAUGGACCACUUCUCCUGGGGACCAAUACUGCACCGAGCAUUUACCCUACCUCGUGACUGGGCUACCAUUCCACAAACACUUGAGGACCCUGGUUCCACCCGAAAGUUGGACGCUUUGUGACGUGUUUUAAUUUUGAAUAUUUACCACAAUAGUGGGAGGGGGGGGAUGCAAAUAACCAUGUUGAUUAAUUUAUUUUCUUCACUGAUUUUUCCUUUAGUAAAAAUAUUAAAUUCCAGUUAUACUGAAGGGGAACAAUUGAGGUGUUUGUAUAAUGGUGAUGCUGUCCGGUUGUGUAACUUCCUAGUUGUCUGAUACCUUUGAAUAUUGUGUAACACUAAUCGAAGAUGUUAUUUGCUGGUGUACUUUGACAUGUGACGUCAUUAACCCUAAGAGUACUCUCGGCUUCCGAGAACCUACCUGCAUUCAUCUUAACAGGUAGGUUGCUGCCACGUACUGGACUAAACUGUCCAGAGAGGAAGGCCAGGUUAUAAGAUAUCUAAUCGUAACGGGCGAACUGCUAUAAUAAUACAGUGACACUAUACUGUGAGGUUAAAAUUGACUGGUUCUUGCUCAAUGGCCAGCAAAAUGUCCUGUUCGAUCGGCGGGCAAGAAGCCUGGGAUGGAUUGGCCAUCGUAAUCUGCCACCGAUUACCGCUGAGCUCCUGCCAGUGAUCAAGCAGGCUAAAUCCUUCUGGGAAGGAGAUUAGGGGAAGGGAGGGGGAUAACGAACGCUGUGUACAAGAUGAAGCCUGGCGACCCGAAUGUGGUGGACUGCUUCUAAUGUGACGUUGACAGGAAAACCGGGCAGUUUGUCAGAAAGGUUUAAAUAAGAAAUUAUGUGGUUAGGUGUGUUUAGUGGAAACAGCGGAAGUGUUCAAAGGACAUCUCUGCCACGAAUUCUAGGGUGGUCGUGCCCUGAGAAUGUGUUGGUGAUGAGUCCAGCAGUGGCACAGGUGACUUGGACUUGUUUAAAUUUGGGGAUGUUUUCACUGUUGGCAUGUCUCCCUCACUUACUGUAGAUAUGACUUCAAGAGGCCAUUGUAUGACCUCGUUGGGUAGCUGAUUAGGUAUACAGUGAAAGAAAAGGAUGGUUUUACAGAGAAAUAAAUGUUUUGAAGUUUUUUGCACAUGUAAUUAAAAGUUUAAUGUUUCUGUAGAAAGCAGAAUCUUUUAUAAUUCUAUUUAUUCACCUAAAACAAUGGGCUGGACAUUUUGGUUCCAGUGAGACUGAGUUCCAUUGAGUGAUGCUAAACUGGUCUCUUUGUGCUACUUUUUUCCAUUUGCUUUUUCUUCCCGUUCAUUCAUCCUGCAUCUGCUCCCCCCCAGAUCUCAGUCCCCACCCCCCACCCUCCUCUCCAAUAUAAAACAAUUGCUAUCUGCAGACUGAAAGUCCGAGAUUUCAGUCUAGCCGUCCUUAAAAAUUGGGUUUGUGGCACCCGUUGACUGCACUCUUGUAAUGAAAAGUUAAUUUGCACAACUUCGUCAAAGCAUUAUGAAAGUCUUGAAUGGAGCAUUGAGUACUCUUGGUGGUUAAUAACUUAUCAGUGCUCUGCCACCACUUAGCAGUUGGCUACUUGGGCUUAUUCUGCAAGGAAGAAGUCUUCUAGAGCCAGUACAGUCGGCAUGAAGUACAUUUUGUUUUGUUGUGUUCCUCUUGUAACUUGUAGAAGUAAUAUAGAAGUGUACUUUGUGACACGAAUCGACAGAGUUUCUAAAUACUUUUGAUAUUUGUAAACUUUUUUUAGUCUUACAGUUUUCAAAGGGGAAAAUGUCACGUAUCAAACGCUGUUUAACUGUGUGUUCGUUGUUGCUCGGGCCGUUCCUGCUUAUUUUUUGAAAAGUCUGAAGAAGAAGGAAAAAAAAAACACACACAAAGCCUGACCUUGACCCCGGGAAAAUAAUUUGAACAGAGUCCAAGACAAUUGGGUGCCAAU